UACCACACUUAAGUAGGCGUCGGCGCCGUGGGCGGUCACUGUCUCUAUCCGCUUAUAAAGGAAGUGCGGCGGACCUUUUGCGCGUCAAUAGCCAAGUGUCCAGCAACAAUCUCAGUGAAAUCCACCCCCUGCUCGCAUGGAUUCCCAACACUCUGCAGACGAGGGAGACACGGAAAGUCUGGACAGCUUGAAGGCACUAACGGAGAAACUCAAAUUAGAGACUCGCAGACCGUCCUAUCUGGAGUGGCAGGAGAGGCUGUUGAGCGGACCUUGGAGGGACAAGAAUCCAUCAACUUCACAGCAACACGAUCGCGACCAUUCAGCUUCAACGCACAGCAAUCCAGACGUGGUCGUGCGAAACAUCUGUGGCUUUGACACUAUUGAUGACGCCUUGAACUUUCUCAGAAAAGAGUUGAGGGAGAUGCAAGACCAGGACAACCAUCUGGCCCGUCAGCUGAUCCAUCUUCGUGGGGAGAUCAACAAGCUGAAAGUGGAGCAGGUGUGUGAGCGCCACAAAGAAAUGCUGGACAAUGCGACGUAUGAGCUGGAGGAGUGCGGCGAGGAGUCCGAUCUGCUGUGUGACAUCCCCAUGAAAGCCACCUUUGCUCUGUCUACUCCACUGAAACAUCUGGGCCUCACGAAGAUGAACAUCAACUCCAGACGUUUCUCACUGUGUUAAAGCCUCAUCCAUUCCUCCUGAUGAUGAAUAUUAAGUUCGACUUGACUUCCAUCAAACACUGAGUGCUAUUUACUCUUUGGGAGGUCCACAGUGUCAACAAAAGGAAGCUGUAAGCUAUUUGCUGUAUGCUUAGCGGUGUGACGUGCGUGGAGAGUGCACCAGCAUGUACAGUAUAUGCCGCCAACACAGAUGCACUGUUACAUUGGAUGAAGACUAUUAGCACAAAUUAGACUCAUUAUCAGGUACAACCGCACAAUCUAAUGAAAGUAAAUGAUCCCUUUUCAAAGAAGAUCAUGAUCAGUUUUUGUUUGGCAUUUUUUCUAUGGUGGUUGUAGUUUGCGAUGAUGUAGAUUUGCAUUGCAUCAUGUUUGCCAUCCUUUGCCGUCCACCAUGCCUGUGAAGUUGUACACUAUUGUUUACGAUCCAAAAUAAGAAGCAUUUUAAAAUAAUACCUCUUCUGCAGAGUGAAUAAAAAGUGUACAUUUUACACGAGA